AUAAAACAUUGUGAAUUAACACAGCUUGGCACCCGUGGGACUGCUAUGUCUCAAUGCGAUGGGAUAUUGGGAUAUGCGGUUUGGUGAGGCACCAGCACUUUUGGACAGAGAAGGCUAAAGACCUAGUAAAACUUCAGCUCUCAGGAUUCGACAGUUAAGGUGGUGUCAAACUGCAUUAAUUCUGCAGUGUAGACGCACUCUUAGCCUUCCAUCUACCCCCCCUCCCCCUUUCCCCUUCUUUUCUUCUGCUCCAUUUUCUUCGGAGGAGUUCGCAGUGUCAAAUGAAGCGGGGAGCAUGGAGUGUAUAUGAUUCUACUCUUUUAAAAUCUCUAUGAACAGAGCGAGGUCUGCUGCUCACGUGUCCAAAGAGCGGGAUUCUGGGAACAUUACUCCAUGCCUGCUGCCAGGCGCCCAAAGCGGUCCUUUGCAGGAAAAUUUGAAAGAUGAUGCUUUCAGCAUGGAGAAAAAAUCAUAUGAUGUGAAAACUGAUCCUGUGCAAAAGUUGAUUUCUCCAGCCUUGAUUCUCCUUCUGGUUGUACUGCUUGUGAAUUUGUUCCUCUACCAAUACUUCAGCAAUGUGUAUUUUUCCUAUGGCCAGAUCAGUGUAGAGCACAAUUUGUGUCCACAUGGUUAUUUCAGAUUGGGAUCCCUGAAGAAUUGUACACCGUGGUUGUCCUGUGAGGCCAUAACAAGAGAAGUUCGCAGACUGAAACGUGUUGGUGAAGGUGCUGUGAAAAAGGUUUUCCUUUCUGAAUGGAAGGAAAACAAAGUGGCCCUUUCUCAACUGACUGUUCCAGAACUGCAAGAAGACUUUAUUCAUGGACUUCACAUGCUGAAAUCUUUACAAAGCAAGCAUGUGGUCAAACUACUUGGAUACUGCGAGGAGGAGUUUGUGGUUCUUACCGAAUAUCAUCCAUUUGGUUCCCUGAAGAAUCUGAAUGAGAUACUGAACCUUCCAAAAUAUAAGAACUCAAACACCUGGUAUAACAGGUUCCUGCUGGCCAUAGACUAUGUGAGCAUCAUCCACUACCUGCACAAUAGUCCUCUGGGCACUUUUGUGAUGUGUGACUCUAGUGACUUGGAUAAAGUUCUUUCACAGUACUUGUUGACAAGUAGCUUUCAUGUUGUUGUGAAUGACUUGGAUGCCCUGCCUCUUGUGAACAGAAAGGCUGGGCAACUGAUUAAAUGUGGCCACCGGGAGUUACAAGGUGAGUUUGUUGCUCCUGAGCAGCUUUGGCCUUAUGGUGAGGAUGUGCCUUUUGAAGACAGCCUCAUGCCUCCAUAUGAUGAAAUGACAGAUAUAUGGAAAAUCCCGGAUGUUUCCAACUUUCUCUUAGGUGAUGUUGAUGGGAGCGAUCUUGUCCGGUUUCAUCUGUUCGACAUUCAUUUGGAGUGUAAGAAAAGCCCAGCUGAAAGACCAUCCGCACAGAUGGUUCUUGACACAUACCGAAAAGUGCUAGCAUUACUUGUUAAAGAAACAGUUAUACCAGGUAUAAGGGACAUGUUAUAAGAAAUACUCAUGAGCAUGUUUUGAUACAAUAACAAGAACUGAGUGUAUUUCACAUUUUUUGUAGCUUGACUUUGAAAAAUACAUGGGGAUGCUUGGGAAAUAGAAACAGAAAUGAUGAAACUCCAAAACAGUUUAUUUAAAAAAAUUAUGUAAUGGAAGUCCCUUCUACACUGCCAUAUAAAAUCCAGAUUAUCUGUUUUGAACUGGAUUAUAUGGCAGUGUAUACUCAUAUAAUCCAGUUCAAAGUAGUUAAUGUGGAUUAUCUGCUUUGAUAAUCUGGAUUAUAUAGUGUAGAAGGGUCCUAUGUCAAGUUGGCACAGGUAUGCUAAAAGGAGAGAUGUAACAAAGUGUUUCAUAGAGUUGAUACGAGUGUUUCUUGUUCUUUCUUAUGAUAGAAAGCAAUUGCUUGUGUUUGUCUGUUUUGUAGCAUUUUUAAAUUAUGUACCCUUCUAAUAUCUAUCUUUCAUCUCAGCACCAAUUUUCCUUAGGAUUUAUUUUAUACUUAUUGUUAAGGUGGCUUGAAUCAACUCUUGUUAUUAACAUGUAUGAUAGGUAAAUGUAAAGGUUUUCCCCUGACAUUAAGUCUAGUUGUGUCCAACUCUGGGGGUGUGGUGCUCAUCUCAGUUACUAAGCCGAAGAGCCGGCGUUGUCCGUAGACCCCCCCAAGGUCAUGUGGCCGUAUGACUGCAUGGAGCACCGUUACCUUCUCACCGGAGCAGUACCUAUUGAUCUACUCACAUUUGCAUGUUUUCGAACUGCUAGGUUGGCAGAAGUUGGGGCUAACAGCAGGAGCUCACUCUGCUCUCCGGAUUUGAACCUGUGACCUUUUGGUUCUCAAAUUCUACAGUAUGAUACAUGUAGCAAAAUCGAAUGAUUCUGUAUCUAGCUGUGACUGGUGCAGAAAUACAUCACAAUUCCAGAGGUUACUGUUGCCACUUUUGGGCAGAUUGCAUGUUGUAAAGCAAAGACACCUCUACUAAUGUAUGUAUGACUGAGCAUCCACCAGAGAAACCAGUGGGAGGGGUCCUUAAUCCUUCCUUUGCACACAGUUCCCCCCUGCCACCCCAUCUCUUUGCACACUCUAAAAUGGAGAGUGAUUCAGCUAGGGAAACUACCGGUAUUUACAGGGGAUAAUUGGAAGUUACAGGAAGGUUAAGUUGUCUUAUACGAUCAAGGUGGAUUUGUAGUGAAAAAAAUAAUAUUAAUUUAACUCCAUUUGAAUAAUUUUUGAAGCAUUACUCUAUUCCCUAAACUAGGGCUUCUUAAUCUUCUCCCAUUUAUGAUCCUUUUCCAUCCAAGAAAUGUUUAUGUGACCCCAGGUAAAUAAAAUAGGGAUAUAAAUGAAACAUUUACUGAUAAUAAAUCAGCCCUUACAAGGCUUGCUAAAUAGGCUCAUUUUCCUUUUUGUGUAGUAUAGCUGGAGCAUUUUCUUCAGCAUCCACUGCAAACACUGAACAUCAUUAAUAACAGAUUUAUGUAAAUGGAUGGCUUUCAGAAACCUUUUACUGUUGCCAAAUUUUUGUGACCCCAACAUUGAGCUAAAAGAAUUCCAUUUGAGGUCCUGACCCACAGUUUAAGAAGCAGUGUCCUAAACAAUGAUGCAGUCUGAGUAUUAUUAUUAUUAUUAUUAUUAUUAUUAAACUUUAUUUGUACCCCGCUAGCAUCUCCCGAAGGACUCGAUGCGGCUUACAAAGGCCAAGGCCUCAACACACAAUAUAACAAUACAAAACAAAAAGCAAAUUAAAAACAAUUAAAACAGUAUAAACAACAAGCAAUAACAAUACGCUAAAACACAAUAGAACUGGGCCGGGCCAGAGUAAUGGGUACAAGAUGAAAAGUGCUGAUGUGACAGGUGAUAUAUAAUGUAUUACUCCAUGCUAAUUUACCCCAGAAGUAGUAUUAAUGCCAGGAUGGGAACAAUGCUGGGACCUUCAAUUGAAAUACAUCUUGAAUGUCACACCUUCCUUUCUUUUUGAUUUAUACUUUGUUGCAUUCUUACAAGCAGGUCAGUUUGUUGCAAUAUGUACAUCUUUUUAUCUGAAGAUCAGAUGUCUUUAAAAUAUUCUCCUACAGAGUUUUAUGACCAAACUCACCAUUGACAUUUGUGAGUAUAGAUGGAUGAGAACUGUCAAAUCUUAUCUUUGUUUCUUUUAACCAUUUUUGUUCCUUUUUGCUUCCUCUUGUGUUUUAACAUACACACAAAAAGUAGCAAAUAAAAUAUAAAAUAGA